AUGACGGAGAUCCUGUGCAAGGAGAUUCCUUACACUUUCAAGGAUGCCUCCCUGCUCGACCAUCGAUCCUUCAUCGGUGGUCGAUGGGUCGAGAGUUCUAAGGGCGAGAAGUUCCCUGUCUAUGAUCCCGCGGAUAACAAAAAAGUCUGGGAUAUCGCGGACCUGACGCGGGACGAUAUCAAGAGUGCCAUCGACGCUGCCCACACGGCCUUCAAGACAUUCAGAAAGGUCUCGCACCGGGAUCGACGAUGGCUGAUGCGUCGCUGGGCAGACCUCAUCAAGGCCAACGCGGAUGACCUGGCGGCCAUUUGUACGUUGGAGCUAGGGAAACCUUUCAAGGAGUCCUUGGUGACGGUUAAGUACGGCACCGACUUCAUCGACUGGUUCGAGGGCGCCAUUGAGCAUCAGUACGGCGAGACCAUCCCCGCCGCAAAGAGCGAUAACCGUAUCUUCACCAUCCGGCAGCCUCAGGGCGUUAUCGUAGCCAUUACCCCCUGGAAUAGUCCUAUCGCCAUGAUUACUCGCAAGGUCGGCGCCGCUAUCGCCGCCGGUAACACUGUCGUCUGCAAACCGGCCCCUGAAACUCCUCUAUGCGCCAUCGCUGUGGCUAAGUUAUUCGAACGUGCCGGUGGCCCUCCCGGUGUGUUAAACAUCGUCACCGCCUCUGCUGGCCGUGCAUCUGACGUAGGUAAGGAGUUCACUGAGAAUCUACUCGUGCGCCACCUGUCCUUUACGGGUUCGACCGCCAUCGGUCGCUACCUACACAGCGAAUGCGCAAAGACCUUUAAAAAGACCUCGAUGGAACUAGGUGGCAACGCGCCCUUUAUUGUAUUUGAGGAUGCCAACCUCAAUAAGGCCGCCGAGGGUCUUAUUAGCUCGAAAUUCCGCUCGUCUGGUCAGACCUGCGUCUGCGCCAACCGCAUCUUUGUGUCGUCCAAGAUUAUCGACACCUUCGCCGCCGUGCUGGCUGAGAAACUCGACACAACCUUCCAUUUCGCUUCCGUGUGGGAUCCUGAGUGUAACUUCGGCCCGUUAUACUCGGCAAAGGCUUUCGAGAAAAUCGAUGCGCAGAUCAAAGACGCAACCAAUAAGGGCGCGAAGAUCAUUUACGGUGGCCCUACCAACGGCAUCUCUGAAUGGGGUCCGAAUUUCUUCCCACCUACAAUUAUCAAGGGCGCGACCAAGGACAUGCUGUUCAUGGAACAAGAGACCUUUGGACCCCUAGCCUUCCUAGUCCCCUUUGAUACAGAUGACGAGGCUAUUACUCUAGCCAACAACACUAAUACCGGCCUCGCCGCGUAUUUCUAUACGGAGAGCAUCUCGCGGGUGUGGAAGGUUAGCGAGGAGCUCGAGGCAGGAAUGGUCGGUGUCAGAGUCGGCCUCAUUAGUGCCUGUGAGCAGCCGUUUGGAGGCAUAAAGGACAGUGGUACGGGACGCGAGGGUGGUAGGCAUGCAUUGGACGAGUACACCGAGGUCAAGAGUAUUACAGUCGGUGUAUAG